UGAUUCUGAGUCUACACGUCACAUGUCAUAGCUGGGGACUGCUGCUGCUGGUGCAUCAUCGGUGGAGGAACUGCAGUUAACAGUGUCGAAGACUUGGUCAUGACUCCACUACUCAUCUUCAGGCUGCUCUGCGCUUGUCUUCUAUUGGGAGAGGUGUUUGGAUAUUAUGGAUAUGGAGGAUAUUAUGGAUAUCCAGGCUAUGGUGGAUAUGGGAGACGUGUAUCUAGCAACUGGGAUUCCCAGCCAGCCCCAGUUGAGCGUUCCCCUGCUGAAGGGUCCCCCGCUCAGCCCAACAUGACGCCUUCUGCAGGUGCAGGAGGCACUCCGGGGUCCAGUCACGUCAACAGCGUCUCUAAACCCUCUGGCAAUGAGAUGAGGCACCAGGCAGCACCAGCCCACAGCUCCCCUGCUGCAGUGGGCCCGGCUUCUGAGAAAGCAGCUCAGUCCAACAUGAAGCCCGGAGCUUCUCCAGGGGCAGGAAGUCCUUCUUGGUGGUCCAACUACCUCGGCAGUCUGUCUGCAGCACCCUCGAGCAAUCUGGGCGCCUCAGUAGCCCCGGCGUAUGCACCCCAUGCCCAGGCAGCAGGCCAGGCAGCCCCAGUGUCCCAGAGCCCAGCACAGAAGCACCAAGCUGCAGCCAAGGGACCUGGCCAAGUAUCCCAGGCCGAUGUGUCUCAGACUGGGCCCGCUGCAACACAUGAUGCUGGAGGUGACUUUGGAAGCUUCCCUGCCAGUGGUGGUGCUGGUGAUGCUGCCUCUAUGGAUGGUGGUGGUGAGGAUGCCUUUAUGGAUGGUGCUGGUGCAGAUUCAGACCGUCUCCUGGUCCUGACGGCUCCUUCUGGCUUCCAGAGCCGCUACGUGGUGCGCUCCUUCAACCGCUACCAGCGAGGGAAGAGGGUCUUCUCCCAAACCACCUACAUCCCCUUGGACUUCCCUCCACCGCCCCCUGCCUCUGGGGAGGGACCUGCAAUGGUCUCCAAACCUGAGGAGGACUCGCCAGCUAUGGCGUUUAUGCCAGCGAAAAAAGGCUAGAUUUGCUUGGGACCCAAUCAGGGACAAGACGUCAAGACUACAUGAAGAACUUUCUGGUCAAUAAACGUAUCAUUAAAACAAACAAAUUUGCUA